AAGAAUGAGAUCCUUGCAAGGACGAGGGGCGGGAGGAUGGCUUGAAACAGUCCCCACUUCAGACAAGCACGCACUAAAGCAGAAUGAAUUUCGUCUAGCGUCUUGUCUGAGGUUGGGUGUCUGUCUGCCAUUCAGUCAGCUCCUUGUAAAAUGUGAGUGUGGAGCAGAGCUGGACAGAGAAGGAUAUCACUUGAUUACAUGUAAGUAUGGGGGAGGUCCUGUCUGGACGCACAACACCCUAGUUUCUGGAUGGAGCGAGUGUCUCAGCGAUUUGCUCAUAUGCCACCAGAUUGAGCCAAGACACAGAUACAUCCACACUGAAGAUAGACCAGACAUCACAUUUUACGACGUAGACUCAGGAACAACAAAAGAGAUAGAUGUUGCUAUGGCUCAUCCCUGGAGCAAAGAUACCAUCAAGGGAGCGUCCACGACAUGUGGAUAUGCAGCAACAAAACGAGAGGCAAGGAAGGAAGUAAAGUAUCGCAAAGAAUCAUUACCAGAUGGUUCUAAGCCUUUUGUUACUCCUCUGGUGUUCGAACACUUUGGUCGUUGGGGACCCAAAGCAGAGGAAUUUUUAAAUGAACUUGCAAAGAAGUCCAAAGACAUGCUGGGAAGGAAAAAUGAAGCAGCGUUUAGAAGCUAUUGGAGAAGAAGAUUUUCUGUGAUUAUUCAGAAAUGUAACAGUAGAGUUGUUUUAAGAAAGCUAUCUAGGCUUUCAUUGAAUUGUUUGGAUGGACAAGACAAGCUAGAGAUGGACAAAGCCAUUCAUAGUUCUAUUCAUUAAUUAAAACGAAGAACAGUAGGAAAGUAGAACUUUUAGUACUGCAGCAAGUGAUGUAAGUAGUGACGUUUGAUGACAAUAAAACAAAUCUGU